AUGGCAUCACCACAGUUCCAUAUUACCACCAUCCAGCUAAUCUGCCUGAAUCAAAUGUUUCCUGUCAGCAUGAUCCAAGAUUCCAGUGAAAUUCCACAUGCUGGUGGCAUGAGGCAAUGUCAGGGUACUAUUUACCUAGCUCUGAAUGACAUGUAUAUCUUCUGUAACAGUGAAUGGGUUCAAUGGGAACCCAAAACUGCUCUUCAUCUUAGUAUUGUGGGGGAUGAUUGCAUCAUUGCACCUUUCCUCAUCAAUGGGAUCUGGCUGCUGGUGAAGGAUACAUCCUAUAUCAACUACCUCAUAUCCAUGGCAGAGGAAUUUCACCAAAUCAGAUUCCAAGACCUACCAACAAAUGCUGACACCCUGCAGCUCAUGGGGAUGUAUGUUUUGGAGAAGCAGGGUGAUGGUGUCAUUGGCAGGGCCAAAAACCACCUGCAGAGGCUCCAGUCCCUGUGCAAGAAGCUGGUAGCUGAUUGCAGAAGAGAAAGGCAACAGAUGUGGGUGGGACUGGAUCAGGGAAAUGGGAUGAUGGGGCAGUCAAGGGUGCCCCCAUUGCAUCCACAUCCCAAAGCAGAAAGGGGAAGGGAAAGGCACUUUGAUUUCUUUGCUAUUCUUCAUGCUGAAGAUGUUGAACCCAUCACUGAGCAGGUUCCUUUCCUCAAUCAAAUCACUUGCCCAUCAGAUACAAAGGUGAUUGAUUGGGAAUCAUUAAAUAUCAGAACAUAUACUCCAUGGUUCAGCAAAGUGGAUUAUGAUGCAAUUGAGUACAUGUCCAAGGCCACAUGCAUGACAUGA